AUGUUAACGACUUUCAACAACUCAUUAAAGGAAGGCGCCGGUACUUCGAAAAGAGAGUCUGUCCGGGAACAGCCGGACAAACAAGAAGAAGAGGAGGAAGAAGUUAUUGCCCUUCCUUUAUGGCAGGAUAGCGGUGGACAACCAAUAAAACUGCCGAUGGAGUCAAUUCCUGAAGUUGAGGAAAUUGAGGGCGGCAGUUUUGGUUUGUGUGUGUUUGUUUUUGACAAAAAAUUGUUUGAAAAAAAAAUAACAGAAAUGUAUUAAAUAUGUAAUUUAAUAUAUUUUUGGUUUUUAAAUUAUUUGGUCUAUUUCGUCGGUAAUUAAAUGUGAAAUUAUAUUU